AUGCAAACCAAUCUGCUACCCAUCUCAGCAUCUCAUGUCAGAGGUUCGAUAAAAAUUGUCAGCACUUUAAACGAAAGCAAACAAAGCAAUGAACCUCCCUUGGGAGGCAAAAUCAAGCGCCUUGUUCUGACCCAAGAAGGAAGAACAAAGCUCAACAUUUACCCAGAUAGAGAGUUCUAUGCAUAUCCACGGUUUGUGACCCAUGUAGACGAUGCCUUCAUUUCUACACUGACCAAUCUUUACAGAGAGAGGUUGAGACCUGAGAUGGAGAUUCUUGACCUCAUGAGUUCUUGGGUUAGCCAUCUACCAAGUGAUGUCAAAUACAAAAAGGUUGUGGGGCAUGGGUUGAAUGCACAAGAGCUUUUGAAAAAUCCAAGGUUGGAUUGUUUUGUCGUGAAGGAUCUCAACCAGGAUCAACAGUUUGAAUUUGACAACUGCAGUUUUGAUGCAGUGUUAUGCACAGUUAGUGUGCAGUAUCUCCAACAACCAGAGAAGGUAUUUGAAGAGGUGUUGAGGGUUCUAAGGCCAGGAGGGGUGUUCAUAGUGAGUUUUAGCCACAGAAUGUUUUAUGAGAAAGCCAUAAGGGCAUGGAGGGAAGGAAGUGGUUAUAGCAGGCUACAACUUGUGGUUCAGUACUUCCAAGCCAUCGAAGGUUUCACAGAAGCAGAAGUACUUCGAAAGCUUCCAAAUUCUCAACAAAACAACAUGUCAUCGAUUGGUUGGAUGAUGAGGCUUUUUGGGUGGCUUUCAGGGUUAGAUCCCUUUUAUGCAGUGAUUGCUUACAGGAAUUUUAAGCCUAUCCAUCAUCCCUGA